CCAUAUCAGAUCCCUUUUAUUCUUGGAACCGGGUUACGUGGACCGGGUUAUUGUCUCCCCCAAAUUCUGUCUCAUUUUCUUCUCCCCUUUCUUCUUUGAAAUUACGCGCCGGUUUUUUUUCCUUCACUUUCUCAACUUCAUACAAAAACUGGAAAAUUUUUACACUUCAUAUCACUUAUUUUGGCAGCUAAUCUCGUUUUGAAUUUUAGAGCUUAAUCUAUUACUAUGGCCGACUCAAGAAGUGAGGAUAGUAGCAACACACUUCGAAUACUAGUAGCGACGGAUUGUCAUUUAGGUUAUAUGGAGAAAGAUGAAAUACGACGACAUGAUUCAUUUCAAUCAUUUGAUGAAAUAUGUUCAAUUGCAGAGGAUAGACAGGUGGACUUUUUACUUCUUGGAGGAGAUCUUUUCCAUGAAAAUAAGCCUUCGAGGUCAACUUUGGUUAAGGCCAUUGAGAUUCUUCGUCGGCAUUGCCUUAAUGAUCAACCUGUGCAGUUUCAAGUUGUUAGUGAUCAGACUGUGAAUUUUCAGAAUGCAUUUGGGCAUGUGAAUUAUGAAGAUCCUCACUUCAAUGUUGGCUUGCCCGUGUUUAGCAUUCAUGGAAACCAUGAUGACCCUGCUGGAGUGGACAACCUUUCUGCAGUUGAUAUUCUUUCUGCAUGUAACCUUGUCAACUACUUCGGGAAAAUGGUUCUUGGUGGUUCAGGCGUUGGUCAGAUUACACUCUACCCUAUUCUUAUCAGGAAGGGCUCAACUGCUGUAGCUCUUUAUGGUCUUGGGAAUAUUAGAGAUGAGCGGCUCAACAGAAUGUUUCAGACCCCACAUGCCGUGCAAUGGAUGCGACCUGAACCUCAAGAAGGAUGUGAAGUGUCUGAUUGGUUCAACAUUCUGGUGCUUCAUCAGAACAGAGUGAAGAUGAAUGCUAAAAAUGCGAUAAAUGAGCGCUUCUUACCACGCUUCCUUGAUUUCAUAGUGUGGGGACAUGAACAUGAAUGUCUUAUUGACCCUCAGGAAGUACCAGGGAUGGGAUUUCACAUUACUCAACCAGGUUCCUCCGUUGCAACGUCACUGAUUGAUGGAGAAUCAAAGCCAAAACAUGUGCUCCUUUUAGAAAUUAAGGGAAAUCAAUAUCGUCCAAACAAAAUACCUUUGACAUCAGUGAGGCCCUUUGAAUAUACCGAGGUUGUGCUGAAGGACGAACCUGACAUUGAUCCCAAUGAUCAAAACUCAAUUCUUGAACAUUUGGACAAAGUGGUGAGCGGUCUGAUUGAGAAAUCUAAUAGGAAAGCUGUCAAUGGAUCAGAGCAGAAGCUCCCAUUAGUCCGAGUUAAGGUGGAUUACUCUGGAUUCAUGACAAUAAAUCCUCAAAGAUUCGGGCAGAAGUAUGUUGGGAAGGUUGCAAAUCCUCAAGAUAUUCUUAUAUUCUCCAAGUCUUCUAAAAGGAGUCAGAAAGAAGCCAAAAUUGAUGAUUCUGAAAGGCUUCGUCCAGAAGAACUAAAUCAACAGAAUAUAGAAGCAUUAGUUGCUGAAAACAAUCUGAAAAUGGAGAUUCUUCCAGUCAAUGACUUGGAUGUUGCGCUGCACAAUUUUGUUAAUAAGGAUGACAAAAUGGCUUUCUAUAACUGUCUGCAUUAUAAUCUUGAAGAAACUCGUAAAAAAAUUGGAAAGGAUUCAGAUGUUUCAAAGUUUGAAGAGGAAGACUUAAUUCUUAAAGUUGGAGAGUGCUUGGAGGAACGUGUCAAGGAAAGGUCUUCGCACCCUACAGAUACCUCUCAGUUCACAUCCAGUAUGCAGUCGUUUGAGAACAUCCGGAGCAAAAAUGUUACAGGAAUAGGAAGUGCAGCCUCCUUUAGUGAUGAUGAAGACACAGCGCAAAUAUUAAGCUCCGCAAAUAGAGGCCGGAAAGGGUCUUCGUCAGCUUCUCGAUCAUCACGUGAUGCUUCUGAACUUGGUAAAAGUUCCACUAGAGGAAGGGGUAGAGGUAGGGGCAGAGGCUCUAGUGGCUUAAAGCAGACAACUCUUGAUGCUACUUUGGGGUUUCGCCGUUCUCAAAGAUCUACCUCGGUUAAGGUUCAAAGUAUUGCUGAUGAUGAGGAGAACGUUGACUCUGCUUCAAGUGAAGAACAUGAAAUUAAUGAGGUUGAAAGCAAUUCGGAAAACGAAAAUGAUGAAAUUACUAAAGGUAGAGGACGCAAAAGAGCUGCACCAAGGGGAAGAGGUAGAGGCACUACAUCUAAGCGGGGAAAGAAAUCUGAUAACUCUUCAGUUCAUAGUGGGUUCAUGAACAAGCUUGACGAUGAUGACGACGAUGAUGCUGAAGAGAUUGCUCGGAGAUUUAAUAAACCUCAACCUCGGGUAACAAAAAGUUAUGGUGCUUUGAGAAGGUAAGAGUUGUCACGAUUUACUGUCCCCCAUCAGCAUCUUAGCAUCAACCUAUAUAUGAUUGUGAGGAAGAGCAACUCCAUGCAGCAGCAGACCUUGGUCGAGAAUGUACUGAUCUGAUUUGUACAUUGCGUUUCCGAUGCAAGAAAUUUACUGUCAACUUAGUAAGAGUUGUGUACUGUUUUGCAUAUAACCAAAGCUGGUAAAGACGUUUCUAGUUCCGAUUUGUUAAAUUUUACUGUGAUUCUCGAGAAAUGUAUGAUUUUGUUAGAAUAGCGGGUCCACUUGUAAUUUAUUAAUUACAUUUUAUGAAUGUCAACCACGUUAAUUGGUA